UUGUUAGGCCAAUAUUGGCAUCACAAGAUCUUUUGACCUCGGAGCGCCACCGGCUCGCGAGUUAUGAAGCUAAAGCGAUUCCUCUUGCGCUACUACCCUCCGGGUAUCAUUCUCGAGUAUGAGCUGCGUGAUGCGACGAGAGAAAUGAAGGAAAUCGACCUCCUGCACCUCACAGCCGAGUCAGACAUCGAGGUCCUCGUGAACCAAAUCGUGUUUGAGGAACCUCUCAUCUCCGAGUCCCGCAAGCCCCAACUUCGGCGGCUAAUAUACAAGCUCAUUGAAAAGCUCGAAGUGAACGACAACAGCGACUUUUACCUGUUCAAGAUCCUUCGCGCGCACAUCCUGCCCUUGACCAACUGCGCGUUCAACAAAUCAGGCGACAAGUUUAUCACGGGGAGCUACGAUCGCACGUGCAAAGUAUGGGACACGCAGAGCGGCGACGAGCUGCUGACGCUCGAAGGCCACAAGAACGUCGUGUACGCCAUUGCGUUCAACAACCCCUACGGCGACAAGAUCAUCACUGGGUCUUUUGACAAAACGUGCAAGCUGUGGAAUGCGGACACGGGGCAGCUGUACCACACGUACCGCGGCCACUCGACCGAGAUCGUGUGUCUGUCAUUCAAUCCCCAGGGCACGGUCAUCGCCACAGGGUCCAUGGACAACACCGCCAAGCUAUGGGACGUCGAGUCUGGCCAGGAGCUGCACACGUUGCUGGGCCACACGGCUGAAAUCGUGAGCUUGAACUUUGACGCGCAAGGCGACAAGAUCAUCACCGGGUCGUUCGACCAUACGGUCAAGGUGUGGGACGUCCGCAGUGGCCGAUGCAUCCACACGCUGGCGGGGCACCACGGGGAGAUCUCGAGCACCCAAUUUAGCUACACGGGCGAGUUGUGCAUCAGUGGCUCCAUUGACCGCACGUGCAAGAUCUGGGACGUUGCGAGCGGUCAGAACGUGCAGACGUUGCGCGGGCACAACGACGAAAUCCUGGACGUGAGCUUCAACUCGACGGGGUCCAAGCUCGUGACGGCGUCGGCGGACGGCACAUCUCGCAUCUACAACACCAUGACGGGGGCGUGCCAAGCCAUCCUCAUCGGCCACGAAGCCGAAAUCUCCAAAGUCGCGUUCAACCCCCAAGGGUCCAAGGUGCUCACGGCGAGCAGCGACAAGGUGGCGCGGCUGUGGGAAGUCGAGACCGGCGACUGUUUGCAAAUGCUGGAAGGCCACACGGACGAAAUCUUUAGUUGCGCGUUCAACUACGAGGGCGAUACAAUCAUCACUGGAUCCAAGGACAACACGUGCCGCAUCUGGAAGUGUUAGACGACGACGGAUAUAUACAUAACAUGGAUUGAUGAUUCGUUGGAAUUAUAAGGCGGGGGUGGUGUUGUUGGGUGUGUCGCUAGGCUGUCUAAAACUCGGCACCGGCAGGAGCAUCGGGCUGGACCCAUGGCAGCAGCACCAUCAACAGGUCAGCUUGAGGUUCCGUGUUCAAUCCGAGGUAAAUGACAAGGGGCAGGAAGCCGUAGUGAACGAUCGGCUUGAUGAACUUGAUCACCUGGUUGCUGCGCACCUUGAUCUGCUUCUUCACAGGGCCGUAAUGCAGUAUGUUUCCCAUCGUAGCGGCGGCGGUCGUUGUUGGUAAAGGGCGAUUCUGCUACCCAACACCAAAG